AUGGGCAAGAAGAACGCAGGCAACGCUCGCCUCGAAAAGGCGCAAGAUACUUUCAACAAACACUUCGAGACCAUCUACGGCGAAGAGCGAUGGGCAGCACUACAACCCGCAAUGCUCGGCUCGACACGGCACUGCGCACUCCUCAAUCAGUUCGUCGAAGCGAAGGAAGUCAAGGCGACGUUGGGCGUUGAAGACAAGGAUGCUGAACCGUUACCUUUCGUUUCAAUUCCUUGUGUGGUGAAGAAGGAGCACGAUGAGCGCACGUCGACCGAACAUCCUUUCAACCCACCAAAGCCGAGUACGACCAACGGUUCGAGAGGUGGUUUACGGACACACUACCUGAUGGACGCAGCAUCCGUUCUAGUCACCGAAGCACUGAACGUCACGCCUGGUCUGGAUAUCCUCGACCUCUGCGCCGCGCCUGGCGGAAAGAGUAUCGCGAUCGCACAACAACUAUUCCCGCACCUCCACGCCGGCGCCAUCAAGCCGGAACAUCAAGGAGUCAAGAUCGGCACGCUCCACGCAAACGAAAUGAACCCCGCCAGACGAAAGCGACUCCGCGGAAACCUCGAAGAAUACCUCCCCGCCCCUCUCUUCGAAAAACGCAAAAUCACAGCCACAGAACACGACGGUACCAAAACGCUCCACUUCCCAACCUCGCACUAUGAUCGUGUUUUGCUUGACGCUCCGUGUGGUUCCGAACGGCAUAUUCUUCAUUCGGUGUAUGAAGGUGGAGACGAGAUGAUCCGCUGGAAACCCAAAGCCUCGAAAGAGAUCUCGGCAAUCCAACUCGAGCUCCUCGAAACAGCCGUCAAAGUCGUGAAACCCGGCGGUCUAGUCGUCUACGCAACCUGCUCCAUCUCACCCGAAGAAAAUGACGACGUCGUCCGCUCCUACAUCAAACGCCUCAAAAAGCGAAACGAGCGGUUCAAGGCGAUGGAGGCGGAGAAGGGGGAGGGGGAUAAGUAUGAGCAGAGUGAGGUUGUGGGGAGGGGGGUCAGUGUGAUUGAGGUGGAGGUUGUGAGGAGGAAGGAGGGGUUUGCGAUUGGGGAGAAGACGAGGUAUGGGCAUAUCGUGUUGCCGGAUACGGAGGGGAGGUGGGGUCCGUUGUACUUCUCUAUCCUGAGGAGGACCUCGUGA